UUAUUCUUUCAAUAUUACAACUGGAACGAAUUUAAAAGAAGUCAAACAAAUCUAUUAGAAAAAUAAUUAUUGUUUCGAAUUUUAAACCAAGCAAAUCAUUUAAAAUAUAUUUUAUACACAACGCGAGUUAAACUUAAAUAACUAUAAAUACAAUCAAAUAAAUGGAAGCGAAACGUAGUCACUUGCAAAAUACCACGCAAUAUCAGGCAAAUGGUCAUCGCGUUAACACAGGAUCCUCAAAAACACAAGUAUUGAAGAAAAAUACCAGCGGGGUUAGUUUGACACCCAGUCAAGCUGUUGAACAAUUAAAACCAAAUGUUCAUAAACAUCCUUUAGAUGCUUUAAGCAAACUACCAAAUAAAGAGCCAACAGUGGAACGUAGAUCGGGUCUGCAAGAUGUUGAUGAGGAUUAUUUGAAGCAAAAUAUAUUUCAAAAACCAUAUUUUCCUAAGAAUUCGGGCUUAAACGAUGUUAACAUUGCUCAAAAUCAAAUGGCAAAUCCGCCCGCCGCUGGACAGCCUUCAAUUCAUCCCUCCGAAGGAUUUGUAGCAAAUCAAAUAACCUCGCAGGCUCAACUUAAAGUUCAACAAACACAUGUUCAAAGUCCAGCUGGAACUAUGCCACUACAACAAAACCAACAAACAAUGAAUGCAAAGAAUCAGAUAAAUCAUAAUCCUAUAACAGUGCAGCAGGAUUUUCACCAACAGCAGCAACAAAUAACUCCAAAUCAAAAUGUUUCAACGCAUGGACACUCUCAGCUAAAUUCUGGCCAACCACAAACAACCAUUUAUAAUAAUACUCUAACAAGUCCAGAACCUGAAAUGUGCACAACUUGUCCCAAUUGUCAGACCACCAUUUAUUUAGUACGUGGAACCGAUAUGACCCAUGAUAUGACGCCAAAAGUACCAACUAAUAAUGGUGGUCAACAAACAGCUGCUGAUACGGCACCCGCAAUGUCAGCGGGCUCAGCUUGAAUAUUUUUAAAAUAAUUUCGUAAGGAUUGUAAAUUAAAAAUUUGUAUUUGUAUGUUAUUAAAUUGAUUGUGAUGAUGAGUUUAAGUCACUUGUUUUUAUUAUUGCAUAUAAAAAAAAUUUAAUUAAAAUUAUUAUGGUAUUCUGAAUUUGUCUUUGAAGCCUUUGAUUUAAAUAUAAUUUUAUAUUCUGUAUUAAAGAGAAAAUAAUAUUAAAAAAAUAUAUUCUU